AACAGAUCCUCCAGACUGACCUUGUGUUUGUUUUCUUUUUUUGUACCAGGAAUCGAACUCAGGACCUUGCACUUGCCAGGCAGGAACUGUGCCACUGAGCUGUAUCCCCAGCCUCUGGAUCAACUUUGACUGAAACUUCGGGAUUCGAGCUAAAGCUUCGGAAAUCAAGCCCCAUAAAAGAAUGGAUAGAAGAACAAAUCUGAGAGCCUCCUUAGGUGCUAGAAUUGCUAUGGGAGAUGCUACAGCUCCCUCUACUGCCCAGGGGGAUGCGGGUGCCAAGGCAGGUGCUGAGGGGGAGGGGGAGGAGGAGUCUCCACCCAGCCAUCCCGGACUUGGGUCCUCCAUGGGGUCUGAAGAGUCAAUCUCAGCCUCUCAGCACUUGGCGGCAGGUCCGGCACCUCUCCGUGUGGCCAUGAGUCCUGUACAGCCCCUCACAAGUGGCUCCCGGCCUGCCCAGGCCUCAGGGGGCGGGGCCAGGCCCAAUCCUGUGCAGGAGUGGAGCAGUGGCAGCUGGACCAAGCAAAUCCUCUGCAGGUAUUAUCUGCACGGGCAGUGCAAGGAGGAGGAGAACUGUCCCUACUCCCAUGAUCUUGCUAGGCGGCAGAUGGUCAGGGAGCGCUAUGGUCUGCAACCUCAGGCCUCUGCAGACAGAGAGCCCAGUGCAUCUGUGCAGAGUGAGCCCCCAGUUCAGGAAGAGCCAGAAGCUCCCCCUGCUGCAUCCUCAAGCUCCUUGCCUCUGAUUGGCUCAGCUGCUGAAAGGGGUGUCUUUGAAGUGGAGAGAGGCAGUGCAGGGCUUGAAGCUGCUGGAGGAGCAGCAGGUGCAUCAGGGUGGGUAGGUGCCAUGGAGUUUGUUCCUGGGCAACACUACCGAGGUCAAAUGGGCCCUGCACAGACCCCUUGGCCUCCUCUACCAAGCCCAGUGAUUGUAAGAGGGCAGAUGCCUGUGGGCAUGUGGAUGCCACUUUGCCGCUAUGCUGCCAGGGGUCUUUGCUUUUAUGGGGAGAGAUGUUUGUACCUCCACGGUGAUGUAUGUGACAUGUGUGGGCUGCAGGCCUUGCACCCUUUUGAUGCUCUCCAGAGAGAAGCCCAUAUAAGGGCCUGCAUUGCAGCACACGAAAGGGAUAUGGAACUCUCGUUUGCUGUGCAGCGCAGUGUGGACAAGGUGUGCGGCAUCUGCAUGGAGGUUGUCUAUGAGAAAAUUGAGCCCAGUGAACGUCGAUUUGGCAUUCUUUAUGGCUGCAACCACACCUACUGUCUUACCUGUAUUCGCACAUGGAGAAGUGGCACUCAGUUUACAAACAGGAUCAGUAAGUCCUGUCCACAGUGCAGGGUCUCUUCCAGCUUUGUUAUUCCCAGUGUGUUCUGGGUAGAGGAUGAGGAUGAGAAGGAGAAGCUUAUUCAGGAAUAUAAAGAGUCAAUGAGAAACAAGCCUUGCAUGUACUUUGCUGAAGGGAGAGGUCACUGUCCAUUUGGAGAUAAUUGCUUCUACAAACAUGAGUAUCCUCAGGGCUGGAGAGGGCAGUAUCCCAGGCCAGGUGGUGGAUCAUCCAGUGCAUACUGGCAUCAAGUUUUGGAGCCCAUGCAGGUGCGAGACAGGAGCAGGCUUUUUAAGAGCGGUAAGAAGGAGCUUUUUACACUUCAGCUGGCAAAUCUGUUGUUUAAGAAGUUUCUUGCCCUGAGAAAUGGUGUUCCUUUCUCUGAUGAUCAGUGGCUCUUGUUCUGUUAUCAGCUGGAAGAAUAUUUCAGAUUGAGUCUGUAG